CGCACGCGCAAGCCCUCAGUUUCUAGUUCCGUCAGGCUGUGGGCUGUACCAAGUAAACCCGGACGGCAAGGGGCAAAGCCCGGAGCCCCUAGCGCGGGCUUCGUCUAAGGCCUGACUCGGAGAGCCCCUCUUCUCACUGCGACAGGAAUGGUCCAUAACGCCGCGCAAGCGCCCUAGGCUCUUUACGCCCCUCGCACUCCCUCCUACCCCUUUUGCAGCGCAGGCGCAGAGCCCAGGCGUGCAGCCGCCGCCGCCGAGCCGGAGCGGGGGCUACCAGCACCGCAUCCCUUUCUACCUGCUGACAUUUUGCGUUAGAAACUUGUGACCGUGGUGGACAGCUGGCAGGGGAGGGACACUGCCCAGCUGUUGCUCUGCUCCUGUCUCCUGUCCCCUCCCCCGGCCAUGACAGAGACCCGUGAGCCAGCUGAGACUGGGGGCUACGCCAGCUUGGAAGAAGAUGAUGAGGAUCUUUCUCCAGGCCCCGAGCACUCCUCUGACUCCGAAUACACUCUCUCAGAGCCAGACUCCGAAGAGGAAGAAGAUGAGGAGGAGGAGGAAGAGGAGACCACAGAUGAUCCCGAAUAUGACCCUGGCUACAAGGUGAAGCAGCGCCUGGGGGGGGGCCGGGGAGGCCCUUCCCGUCGGGCCCCCCGUGCAGCCCAGGCCCCGGGCCCCCCAGCCCAGCCCUGCCAGCUCUGUGGCCGCUCACCCCUUGGGGAGGCCCCUCCAGGCACCCCACCUUGCCGGCUCUGCUGCCCUGCUACAGCCCCCCAGGAAGCACCAGCCCCUGAAGGCAGGGCUCUUGGGGAGGAAGAGGAGGAGCCGCCUCGGGCUGGGGAGGGUCGACCAGCUGGGAGGGAGGAAGAGGAGGAGGAGGAGGAGGAAGGCACCUACCAGUGUACUGAGUGUGAGGAUUCCUUCGACAACCUUGGGGAGCUGCAUGGCCACUUCAUGCUGCAUGCCCGGGGGGAGGUAUAGGAAGAGCCCCUGAGCCAGGGAGCUUGGCUGAAGGAGUGGGGUGGGAGCAAGGGGCUGAGGAAAUUGGGGUGUUUCACGGUGGUCUUGGGGGUUGGGAUACCUGUGUCGUCUUAGAGUAGAUGUGUGAAGGCCAGAAUAAAAGCCAAAUUCUGU